CUCUCCACUCCAGUCUCCACUUUACAAUUACAAUUACUUUCAAGUUCCAACACAAAAUUCCCAAAUCAAAAUCCACAAAAAACCCUAAAAAUUCCAUCAAAAUUCUGAUCAAAACCCAGAAAAAAUACAUCAUCUUUCUGAAAUUCCACUCAAUUUUCUUCUCAUCCUAAUAAAUCUAAAUGGUGAGUGAGCAGAGAGCAGUGUGCGAAGAAAACAAUGCUCUGGUUGAAUACAUGCGAAAAUGGUGGACAGAAAUGGCGGAAAAUAAACCUAAAAAUUACACUCCUAAUACUGAGAAGAAUAUUCGAACCGCUUUCACCAACGUUUGUAAACAUAAAACUCCAAUAACUACUCUCAAGGAAUUCAAAGACAUCAAGGGUAUUGGGAGAUGGUUCCUGACUGAGAUGCGAGAAUUUUUCAACAGUAUUCCUGGUGCUUCUCAAGAUGAUGGUUUAGCAAAAGGAGGUAAGAAGGCUAGAGGUGCUAGGAGUUAUCUUCCACAGAAAAAUUCAGUUGCUUAUGCAUUGUUGAUUUCCUUAUACAGGGAGCGCAUUAAGGGGAUUGAAUUUAUGCAUAAGCAGGAGCUGAUUGAUGCAGCUGAAGCAAGUGGUCUCUCACGAGUAGCCAUAGCGCCAGAAAGGGGGAGAGGUAAACCAGGGCAACUUGGUAGUUCUGCUAAGGAAUUUUAUAGCGGAUGGAGUUCAAUGGGGAAAUUGAUUGACAAAGGCCUCGUUUAUAAGAUAAGUAAUCCUGCAAAAUAUAUGCUAUCUGAUGCCGGUCGUAAAGUAGCAGAAGAUUGUUUAGCAAGAUCUGGUAUGCUUGAUUCUGCUCAAAAUGUUGUCAGUAGGGAAGAAAGUUCAGAUUCAGGCGAGCAAGAUAAGGAGAAUGUGGUAGUUGUCUCUGCUGAUUCACCCACAUCUGCUGAUUUGAACAGAAAGAAGAGCAUGGAGGAUGAUAUUCAUGCGGAGUUUAUUGAAAGGUUCACAACCUUGGGUUACACAAGGGACCAAGUUCUGCAUGCUUUAGCUGAAGUUCUUCUGUGUUCAUCAAGGGAAGAAAUAGCUGUACUUUGGCCAACAGUUUUAUGCCGACUGAGAAAUAAAGUUUAUGAUUUUCACUCUGAUCAGGCAACUACAAGAACUACUGUUGGUGAUGCAUCGACUAGUUACAGAUAUGAUGAGGGUCAAAAUGGCUUUACUUCUGUUGGAUCAACUGUUUCUGCUGUAAAACAUGCUGAUUACGUGAAACCCUGCUCAUCUUUGGCUAGUCUAUCUGAUCACCGAACCAGUCAGGAUGUUCUUCGACUGCCACCACUUGAAGAUUUGCUAAAGUUUGAAGACGUAUAUCAAGUUGUCUUCAUAUUGGAUGAUCGGGAACAGUUUAUAAGGACGAGAAAGCGCAUGAUAGAAAAGAUCUGUGCUGAAUUUAAAAUUCAAAUAGAGGUCAAACGUCUGCCUGUUGGAGAUGGAAUCUGGAUUGCACGUCAUAAACAAGAUCGCACUGAGUACGUUCUUGAUUUUAUUGUUGAGAGGAAAAAUGUUGAUGACCUACGUUCUUCAAUAAGAGACAACCGCUACAAGGAUCAGAAAUUGAGACUUAAGAGAACUGGAAUUAAAAAGAUUAUGUAUGUAGUGGAAGGUGAUCCAAACGCUUGCGAAGGAGCUGAUAGCAUUAAAACAGCCUGUUUUACUACAGAGAUAUUGGAGGGAUUUGAUGUGCAAAGAACGAGUGGCUUGGGUGAUACUCUUCGCCGAUAUGGCUUUCUAACUCUGGCAAUUGCUGAUUAUUACAAGUUGAAUUCAACUUCUGAUGAAUGUAAAACUGCUGGUACCUGUCCUACUUAUGCUGACUUUAUAAAAAACUGUGAUAAUGUUGAUAAGAUGACAGUCAGUGAUGUAUUUGCUACGCAACUUAUGCAGGUUCCUCAGGUGACUGAGGAUAUUGCUGUUGCUGUCUUGGACUAUUAUCCAACGCUCUAUUCUCUUGCUAAUGCAUAUGCUGAACUAGAGGGUGACGCUCUUGCUCAGGAGGAGUGGCUUAUGAAAAUAAGCAAAGGUGUUGUCAACGGAGUUGCUAGUAAAAACAUAUACCGUUUUGUUUGGGCCUAGUUUCAUAACUAUUAUUGAUACGCAUGAUGGUGCUAUCCGAGAGGUCAAAAUGGAUGUGUGAAGAGUGGGUAAUAUCCCAAGUUUCAUACAAGAUUGAGUUACUCAUGACAAGCUGGUGGACCUUCUCGAGCAUAGAUUAUGAAAGAAAUAGAUACAGCUAACUUAUUCGUUAUCCAUGCUAAGAUCUGUGCUCGUAUUUAACGAAGCUCAAUGACAUGAGAAAGUUGUGAAGUACAUUAACACAUUUUUUGCUAGUUUGUGCUUAAUUUUUGAAUGCAUAUACAACAGUUGUUAUUAUUGAAGAGAAGAAGUGUAGAUUCCUCUU